AAUCUGAUUGACGAAGAGAUAAGGAUAUAGAUGGGCAGGAUGAGGAGGCCGGCGGGAGAGAGAAAUGGCGUCACCAGUGUUUGCGCUGAAUCAUCAUUCUCACCGGGGCCUCUGCCUACCUUCAUCAGCAUCAUCAUCAUCAUCAUCCUUAUUCUCCUCCUCAUUCUCCUCCAGAUCUUCCUGCUCUCCCACACCCUUGGGACUCCGCUCUCCCUCCCACAACCACAAUCUCUUCUUUGGCUUUGCAGAUUACAGUGCAACAAGAAGAUGCCUGAAAUUGAGGGUAUUCUGGAAGGAAAGCGAGAAGCCCAGCUCAGUGGAGAUGGAGGCCAUCUCUGCUCCAGAUCAAUUCGAUCAAUUGCUCGCUCAACCUCAACCCUUUGUCGUAGACUGGAUGGCAAAUUGGUGCAGAAAAUGCAUAUAUCUCAAGCCUAAAUUGGAGAAACUGGCGGCAGAAUUCUACCCAACAAUCAAAUUCUACUAUGUAGAUGUAAAUGAUGUACCGCAGGCUCUGGUGAAGCGUGGUGGGAUCUCGAAAAUGCCAACAAUUCAGAUGUGGAAAAAUGGAGAAAUGCAAGCAGAGGUGAUUGGAGGUCACAAGGCCUGGUUGGUGGUUGAUGAGGUCCGUGACAUGAUUAAGAACUCAUUAACCAAGUAAAGAGACAAGAGUCUCCACUGUAAUAUGUUAUCUCGUGAUUCUUCACAAAUUUACCCUCAACAAGAUUGAAGCAAUCAAAUCUGUGUAUUAUAGGUGGUGGAA